AUGACCAUUUCGAACGAACUCCCCGCGAUUCGGCAACCGAGACCAAAGCAGUCCGCGGAACAUGAGGUCAUGAUUUCCAAGCAACGCCAACCGCUUAUGUCGCGCGACAAAGCCAUGGUCUACCGAUUCAUGGGCAUCACCGCCUGGAUUCUUCAAACCUUUUACUGGCUGUACGAUUUCUUCUUUGUUGAUGCUAUUGAUGGAGAUAGCUGGCAUCCACUAGAACAGCUUUUUAUCGGCACCAUAUUCUCAGUGAUAGUCGCUCUCCAUUUCAGAGAUGCUCCUAUAGCCACUCGGGCUAGAUUGUGUGUACACGCUACCUUAUUUUAUUUCGCCUUCAAUGUAACCGGCGGAUGUCUUUGGGCCAUGUCUUUGCUGUGUGCAAAAGCCAGGGAGUCUAGGGACUCCAUCAUGGUAUGGCUCGUCAGUGUAUACUGGUGGUUCAUCAUCACCGCCAUCAUCUGGGGCUUCCUCGUUUCGAUAGGGCCCCAGGACGAGUCCGACAUCAGGCUGCCAUAUUGGUUCAAGGAAUUCCUCCCGUAUGCCCUGGCGAAGCAUAUCAUAGAGCGAGAUUCCAGUAAAGAGCGUUCGUGCAUCGACAAGAAGGAGCAGUGA